AUGAGUGAUAAUAAAGAUGAAUGGGAUGAUAAUAAUGAUAGUGAUGAAAAUGAUGAAGUUAAAAAUAAAUCAUCUCCCCUCGAGAAAAAUACGAGCAAGUCUAAAAAUACGAAUGCCACCUCCAAGACAUCAGCAUAUCAAAAAACAUCGAAUAAAAAUAUGCCUGGUGGAAAUUUAAGAGCUUUACUAAGACAAAGAAUUGAAAAACUAGAAGAGAGAAGAGGGAAGAUAUUUGACUCAAAAAAUGAAGAUAAAGAAGAUGAUGGCAAUGAUGGGGCAGCAACUGGCAAACAAAGUUCUAGAAAAAACAAGAAAAAACAUAAAAAACAAAACCAACAGCAACAAAAUUCAGGCAAAAACCAACAGACGACAUUAACCACAACAAAAGAAAACCACCAGACAGCAGGAAGCAAUGCAAAACAACUGAAACAGCAGCCUCACCAACAGACAAUCUCAUCAAAAAAAUCUGGACCUAGAUUCAACCGAGACAACACCAUCCUCUACUCAAAAUUCGAAUUCGACUCUGACUCCAAAAAGAGCAAAAAGAGCAAAUCAUUUAAAGACAUUCCCACUGGCAAGCACUACGACCACAUCCUUGCCAAGAUAUCGAAGCAGAAAGAAAAACUAGAGAAACUCUUAGAAACUGACCCUGCAUCGGCCGAAAUGUACCGACAGAAACUGGCCUGGAACAAGGCACUAGCCAAAUCUGAAGGAAUAAAAGUCCGAGAUGACGAAAAUUUAGUCCAGAGAUCCAUCAACAAGAAAACUAACCGCAAGGAGACGACUGAAAAAAGAUGGAAGGAGAGGAAUGAAAAAGUGGAACAAAAAAUGGCUGCCAGACAAAAGAAGAGGAGAGAGAAUAUUAAGAAGAAAGCUAAGAAAAGAAUAAAGAGGAAAAUUGAAAAGAGAAGAAAAAAGUAG